AUGUUUAUACAAAAAAUAGGAAAUAAGGCUGCAGCUUUCUUAAAUCAUAAACCAUUUCAUCCUGGAAAUAUUAGAAAUCUUGAAAAGGUAUGGAUAGCUGAAGAAAAACAAAAUGAAAUAGAGAAAAAACAAUUAGAACUUCAAAAUAAAAGAAAAAAAGAAUGGGAAAUUGAAACACUUAGGAGAACUUUGAAAAAUAUUAGGUCUGAAACAUAUGAACAGGAAGGAUAUCUAGAAAUUAAAAAUAGUAAUUAUAAUAAUGAAUAUGGAUAUCAAAUUAGAACGCUAAAUAAUUCUUCUAUAGUACAGGAAUUACCAGUUAGAUAUAAUUUAUAUCAUGAAGAUAUUUUAAUUAAUGGACAUUCUAGAAUAUGGGGUUCUUGGUAUGAUCGUAAAUUAAAUAAAUGGGGUUAUUCUUGUUGUAAACAGACAAUAAAGUCUUGUAAAUGUUUAACAAAUUAUACUUUGGAUAAUAUCCAAAAUAAUAAGAAUAUAAGGGAUAAUAUUAUAAGAAAAAGAAAUACAAGUAACAAUUCUAUUACUUAUAGUCGAAAUAAUGGUAUUUCUGAUUUUUUUCAAGCAUUAAAAAGAGAAAGGAAUGAAUAA